AUGGGAUGUUAAGAUAGGAUAAUAAAUCUUAUUUUCAGAUAAUCGUUAUCAAGAUAUUGUAGCUUAAUUUUCAUCUCAAAACUUUAACAGCAAUCUAAUUCAAGAAAGUGGUAUUUAUUUUCUUCGUUAUAUAGUAAAUACUCCUGUUAAUUACCUUGUCAUAUCAAAAUAGCUAAAUUUUCAAUCUUAAGGAACGUUAAUUUUAAAAGGAGAUUUUAUUAAUCGGUCUGGCAUAGACUUGAGGACAUUAUUUAAACAAAGAGGAAGCUUCAUUUUAGAGAACCAAAUUGGAUUAUAAAAACGAUGAAAAUUGAUUAAUAUUUAUAAUCAUUUAAUACAUAUAUUUAUUUUAAUUUGUAAUAAUUUCUUACCAGGGUACAUUCGCCACGGAAUUCUCAAGUGUUCCUAAACUGGAAGGGGACAGGGAACUCUGAAAACUCUUCAAACAUGGCCAGAAGGGAUAUGAAGCCUAGGGAUGUUGAGACAAAGAAUGAGACGAAGGACCACCUCCUUAUUUUCUGUUCUGAUCCUAUUGCUGGUUCGGGGCUUUAACUUAGUAGCUUGUAGAGAUCUUUGUUAUAUAUUAUCUCUAGUGCUAUCUAUGCCUCCGGAACAAAUACUAAUUCCAGAACUUUUUACUAAAAUCAUCGAUUAAUAACAUAAAUCUCGAUGACGCACUAAGGAGUAUCACAUUACAAUUACAAAUUAAUUUAAAAUAUAUAGUGCAGUUCCUAAAGAACUCCACUGGGAUCUAGAGUUAGGCACCCUCUAAACCACCCAGCAUUAUUAACCCCAGGUGUCUCGAUAUAAACUACAAUCUGA